UGUUUUUAAGAAAAGAAUCACUGUGGUCAAGUCUCAAGAAGAACACACCACAACAAUAGGCAAAACCCAGAGUGCAAAAGCAACAAAAAGAUGCUACCUUUGAAGCUGGUUCGCUCUCUGAUUUCAGGCACCACCAUCACCAACCCUCUCCUCCAAACCCCAUCUCACCAUUCCCACGAAACCACCCCUGAAAAGCCCACCACAAGAACCCCAUUACUCAUCUUCAUCCCCACCCAAGAGCUCGUCACAGACACAUACAAGCUAGCCACUCUAGCUAGACUCAUUGGCCUUGACUUUUGCCCCAGCCCCUCUCUUUCUCACCUCAUUUUCUCACCCCCUUCAUCAAAUAAUUCAUCUCUCACUAGUGUUGUUUCAUCAUUUUCAUCCACCUCUUUGGGCCUUCCAAACGGUGCCGUUUCGAUUCCUUUUCCUGACGUUGUGGCAGCUUCAGUGGGUCAUUUGCGGUGCUUUGUGGGGAUUUCUAGGGGGUUUUUUAAGUUGGUGUUCUUGAAAUCUGAUUUGGGUGAUGUUCAUUUGAUUGGGAGGAUUGAGGGGAAGAGUAGUAAUUGGGAUUGUUGUUCGUUUUCUUUGGUGUUGAGGAUGUCGAAUUGUCGGAUCGUGUCGAUGGAUUGUUUUUGUAGGGCUUUGGCUGGGAAAGGUUGGACCUUUUUCAAGACGAAGUAUGGUUCUUGUGUUGAUUCGGGGGAGAGGCCGGUUUGGGGGACCAAUGCGGUUUAUUUGUUUAGGAAAACGGAGGCUGCCCGGGUUUUGUGUAGGCAGGGUAGUGGUGGCGGUGGAGGUGAAUGUAGGAUGAGGGAGAUGAGGUUGCCCCCAUUGGACUUUAGGAACGCGCCUUUGAGGAUUUUGCAGUAUAUACUUCUUAUGACUGAUGAUAUGUUUUACCUCGCCUAGUCCGGUGAGAUAUAUCUGAUGACACAGAUGAUCACAAAGUCCAAC